AUGUUGUUCCGAGUCCUCGGUGCCACAGUUGGUGAGCUGCGAGACUCCCCUCAUUGUGGAGCACUUCAGUAUCAAAGCUGGGCUCACAAUGAGUUGGGGUUGCUACUAACUAGUUUACGCACCUAUCAUCGCGACAUCCUCCUCUUCGACUCCCAAAUGGAGUUGAAGAACGAGGAUGCUUACGCGAUAAUGGAUAGUUUUAUUAAGCGUAAAUCAGAAUUCGCUAAUACUCAUGGCCACGCUGCCCCGCUGUGGCCAGUGGAUGAGGAGCGAAUAGUAGCAGCCCUGGGGAGGUCCCCGGCGGACGUUGUGUUAAAAGCCGUUAUUCGGCUCACAACUGAAACCGGGGCUCGCGUUCAGGAUCUUCUCCGUGUGUUGGAACCACACGUAAAACCGGCUCAUCGACAUACGAAGGCAUGGACGGUGACCAAGGUUGGCCAGUUAGGGAAGGUGAAGGACAUGACUGCGAUCUAG